AUGAACCGCUGUCCCGUGAUGAACUCGCAGUACGACGUCGAGCGGCGGUCCCGGUGCCCGGCGGCGGCGAUACACCAGCCGUCGCCCGACACCGAUGACUUGCACGUUUGUGAGCGAAUCGUCGUCAUGUUCAUACAGCUCAAGAACUAUCUGGGCUCGUAUUGGCUGGUCCCAUGGUUUUUCGUCUACAUCUACCCCAGCAUACUUGUCUAUGAAUCUUAUGGUUUUAUUGGGCCAUUUGUUUAUUGCAACAUUGUUCAGAUACUAUUUUUUAUUGUAUUUGAAUUUUGGGAUGAAAGUUUUAAUUGGACACCAUUACAUGAUACCGUAAGAACAUACUCAUCACAAAUUCUUGGACAUCAACUCAUUACAAAAAGUGUUGAUGAAAUGAUUUUGUUUUGUAUUUGGGUUUUAUCUUGGGCUGCAGUCCCUUCUAUAUGUUAUGCAAAUGAACAUAUAUUUGAAUUACCUAUUGAUCGUCUGGAACGGUUAACUUCAUAUUUGUCUAUGAUGACUGUUACAUUCAUAUUGGCUUAUGUUAUCAUUUUACUUUGGAUUGACAUGAAUUUGUUAGAAAUAAAAUCAAGUAUAAAUAAUCGUAACCCAAAUUCAAAAGUUUCAUCAUAUAAAUAUGACCUUAUAGAUGAUUUAAUUGAACCUGACGACAUACCUGAUUUGGAAACUGUGUAUGAAGAUAUCUCUAUUACAAAUGAGUUCAAAAUAGAUAACGCAUUUCUGGACUUUUCAGAAGCAGUAAAUGAAAAUAUUAUUGAAAGUGAAGAAUUUCGUAAUUCUAGAAUAGUUGAACAAGGUGAAGAAGCUAAAGAACAAGAAAUGGAUGUUAUAUCCUUGUCAUCAAGCACAUUAAGUGACUUUGAUGUAAUAACUGAGGAAGAAUUAGAUUUACUCAAGUAG